AAUCGUGUUUCCUCGCAAUCGUCGUGUCCAUCCUUCCGUUGAAGUCAUUUCGUCGUCCGGCGCGGUAGAAUCAGGUGUCUUCCUCGCACCGCCCUCGUCCAACCGAAAGUGGUAACGCGCGCGCGUGUUUCGCGUUUCUGAUUGUGUUUUUUUUGUGAAGCAGAAGACCGCGCAGAAUCCAUCGGGAUCCGGUUUCGUGGCUGGGUCCAAGCCAAUGUUCCCAAAUGAACACCAAAUCGAAUUAACCUGUUUUAGUGCACGAAACGUCGAAAAACAAACAAAGCAACUUCAAAACAUAAGCAGAUUACGACAGACAGAAAGUGAAACUUCGAUCGUAAGCGCCAUUGAAAAAAGCAAUUGCUUGACGACGGGCCACUACAGUAGGUGAAGAAAGUAACAAACUACAACAGCAACAAUAAUAACAAUCAUUGUGUCUUGAGGUCGUUUCGAUCGUUCUCAAGAGUUUCCGCAACACGCUGAAAGAAAAACACAAAACAAGUCCUAAAGGCAUUAAAUGGCGCGCGCGGCCAACGUGUGAUCAUGCAUGCCAAGCAGUUGGGUCCCAGCGCGAGUGAGUGAGCUGAUGCCCUACACGGUGCACGAUCGUUUGUGUGAGUGAAUAACAAGUGCCUCGAACCACCGCCGUGUGGCAUAAAAAUUCCGAACGACGCCAACGAAAGGUGAAAAUAAGCAAAUAACAGAGGAGGAAAUAAGAAAAUCAAAUCAGCAUAAAUUUGUGCCUACGAUUGAAAUCUGCUGCCGUUGCUUUUUGAUCCGUCCGUCGACUCGCGAAACAUAAACAAUAAUAACUCGAUCGCAGUAGGCACGGUGAAAGAAGAUCGCUAAAAGCUUCCAACAACGGUCACUUGAUCGGAUGCGACGCGACAUAAUUUUGUUGCGUUGCGAAAAACUUGGUCACACCAACGUUCAAUAAAUACCUAAAUACGCUGUGCCGGGUUUCGAUUCGCGCGAGAAAGAGCGGAGUUUUCCAACUCCACGGAAAAGUGCGAGCGAAAGGGGGCUCGCUGCAUUGCCCAACAUCCAAAACGGGAAAGAGAACACGUGAGAAGCAAAGAGAGUGCGAAAAUCGAAGAAAAAUGGACUCGACGGCCUCGCUACGUCGGCUUACCUCCAUACAGAUUAGUGCCGAAACAACGGUUUAUACCAGCCUUGAUUCGAGCAUCGCAGCCUUGCAAAAGCCACAACAAAGGCGCGAAGACCAAGUCGAUGGAGCGAGGAGUCUCCCGCCUGCUGUGGAAUUACUUCUCUCUGCAGCUGCCUCCGUACCCGCGACUUCGGUCUACAUCUCCGCCGCUGAGCCAACUGCUGGAAAACUGGUCCUACAACGUGAGCGAUCAGAUUCGGAGAAAGAAGAAAGAGUCGAGUUGCUUCCAUCCAGAUCGUCUGUUGCCGAUGCCGUUGCCCUUGGAAAGACCAGCACUGGCAGCAGUCUGCUGGAAACCGUCCGGGAGAAACCAUCUUCGCCGUGUUCGCCGUCGUCGCCCGUGAUAUCCGAUCAACAGUCGCACGUCGUUCGAAUUCAAAUCGUGCAAACUCAAUCGGAGUGUUCUAGUCCAAUUAACAGUGUGGUAAACCAUUCGUGCGGUUCUGCUUUGAUCAGUGUUACCAACAAUAGCAGCAGUGCUACCAUCGUGAACGGUUCCAAUCAGUGCAAAUCUAAAGUGUCGAUCGUUUCAUUUGGACCGCCUGAUCUGGGCAGCAAAUCACCGAGUCCUACCCCAUCCAUCGAAAUGGUUCAAAAGCACUCCAGCCCUUCGGCGUCGCCAACCAGUGGCGCCAAAUCAGACUUGGUGGACGCCACCAACGCCACCUACCUCUACUACAUGAUGUCCUCGGGGCAGUGCUCUCCUAGUGACACCCUCGACAGUGGCACGUGCAGCGACAUCGAAGUCACUCCACCGCCUCUCCCGAAAAAAAUGGUCCCCAAAUCUCCGUCCCCCACCAAACACCCGGCAGCGCAACACGCAAAGUUAAUGAUGAUAAGCCCAACGCCGUCUGAUAAGCUUAAUCAACCGAACGUCGGAUUUCGCAGCAACUACACAACCAGUGACAGUGACGAGUCCGAAUCCAGUCUCAGCUGUGAUUCGCUCAACUUUUCACAGCUUUGCGGAAACGUUAGUGCCCUGGCGCUCGUCGACAGCAUUUCCGGGGUCACAACCAUUCCGCAAACUCCGGAACCGUUAUCCUCCGCCGUGACCCCUACCAGUGAUAGUGACCGCGAAAAUGUAAUCCCCGAGUGUCCGCAACUGCCUCCAAUCAUGCCAAUGAAGCACAAAAUUGUCUCCAUCCUGCCGGAUUCCCUUCAAGGACAUCCGCGAACGUUCGUCCACGGAAGUGCCGCGCGCGAAGUGCCGUCCCCGUCGCCACCACACGAAGAAACCCCCGUCGUCGGUAUGACCACCACGCGCUCCAUCCUGAUGGAGAAAAUCAACAGUUUGAACAGUGUUGCCGCCGGCGGCAGUGUGUCCUCCCUGUCCGAGAAGAACAAAUCGAUCAGUUUCGAGAAUGAUAAAUUUUACAAGUUUCACAUCAACGAACAUUCCAAUUUGCAGCAGCAGCAGCAGCAGACGCCGCCGAAUCAGCACGACUCCCGUAACGGGUCGGUUCACCUCAAUAACAACCACAAUCACAGCUGUUCAUCGUCGGUUAUCGACGAUGAUGAGAGCUUUGCCGGGUUUAAGGAUUUGACCAGCGGAACGUCGACGAUCCGCAGCAACAAGGGAACGGUGCGCGGUGUCAAGAACCGGGUCCGCAACGGGAUUGCGACGUUCCUGCAGAUGCAGCAGGCGAACAUAAAGAACUACAAAGAAAAGGACGCCGGCAAGGUGGUGGUGUACACAACCAGCAUGGGCAUCGUGAGGGAAACGUACACGAAAUGCGCCAACGUCAAACAGAUCCUGAGGACACUGCUGGUCAAGUUUGAGGAGCGGGAUGUGUUCAUGAGCAGCGACUACCAGCAGGAGAUCAAGGACCGGAUGCAGAGCGAGGCCAUCCAGGUGCCGCAGGUGUUCGUCGAUGGGCAGCACGUGGGGGAUGCCGACUGCAUCGAACGGCUAAACGAAAGUGGCGAACUGCGAAAGAUGCUGAAACCCUACAAAUGCCUGGAAUCGUCCUUCACGUGCAAAACCUGCGGUGGCUACCGGCUGCUUCCCUGCCCGUCCUGCGGCGGCUCGAAGAAAUCCAUCCACCGGAAUCAUUUUACGGCGGAGUUCAUUGCUCUCAAGUGCAUGAACUGCGACGAAGUGGGCCUGGUCAAGUGUCACAACUGUUGACGAUGCUGUACGUCCGGCCGGAGGAAAGUCCUAGCUUUUUUUUAUUUUUUUAGGGAGUUGUGUUUGCGAGAUGAUUCGGAUGCUUCUGUGAAAUGGUGGGGUCGCUUAGCAUAAACGGAAUGAGGCCUACCGCGCGCCUGAGACUUGUGAGUGAAAGGAAACGAACCCAGUCGAUCGAUGUCGUGGGGGCAGACUUGGAAAGUUGGAAAAACUUGCAAUACUAGCUUUUAAUUAAAUCUACAAUAGUUAGGAGUUGUGAUACAAACAAAAAGAAAACGUUCUUCGGUUUCCAACUGAAGUAAAUUGUGCAUGUAUUAGAUUUUACACAUACAUAAACACUGACUUGUCGCUUAAGAGUAUACUCGAUACGCAUUCCAAUUUGCUCACAAUAUUUCAAAUAUACCUACCUAUUAAUACGAAGAAAAUGAAAAAGCUAAGCAUUUUUGUUAAGUUUUGUUAUAACGUUUACAUAGUUUAUGGUACUACUGUCUUCUGUUAGAUCCAACUCUAGAAAGUUAAAAUCCAUUUAUUUAUGCAUUCUCCUGUUCGUAAAUCUUUUACUAACAUAACCCCCGUUGCUAUUAUGAUAUAAUUUAGAUGUAGAAUACCUAGAUUUAGAAAAAUCAAACAAGAUUCAACGAAAGAUCGCACUGUAAUGACUCUAUUUUGAUUUAAGGCAUUUCGUGUCAACUAAAACAGUGCCUGAAAGGAUCGACUAAAAUGUAAAUACAUGUGAACGAAAUAAAUAAUUUUAAUAUCAUAAAAUGAACUGAAACUACUACCAGAUGGUGGAUUGUUCGUUGCUCAAAAUAGGAGAUGGUAAGUGCGGAAUAAUCGGUCUAGUAGAUUUAGGAAAACCACAGCCACAGAUACACACGUUCUAAUGACGGCUUCUGGCGUGCUUUUUAUAUGCGUGUGAGCGAAUGAGUUAGCUGCUUGCUCGAUUUUUAUCGUUAUGUGGUUGAUACGUAAAAAUAAACUGUUAAAUAGUUUAGCGGAAUUAGAUGUCGGUAUUAUGCAAG